AUGUCUUCCAUUCGCGGUUCUUCUUACUCAGUAGAGGAAGAUGUGCACUUGUGUCAUGUCUAUGUUGACAUUUCUCAAGAUCCAAUCGUAGGAAGAAACCAAUCAGGUAAUAAUCUUUGGGCAAGAGUUCAAUCAGAGUACCACAAAGAUGGAAAAUUUAGUAAUAAACCUCGCCCAGUAAGAUCUUUGCAAACUCGAAUGUCUGCUAUUAAUAGUGCAGUUGCAAAAUUAAGGGGAUGUAUCAACCAAAUUGAAAAUAAAAAUCCAAGUGGUGCUUCAGCAGAAGACAUUUUAAUUCAAGCGAAGAUGUUAUUAGCCCAAGAUAAAAAGUACGAUAAAGGCUUUAAAUUUGAUCAUGUGUGGCACAUCCUCAAAGGUAUUCAAAAGUUUUCAAAUGAUGAAAACAUCAAUGCACCACGUAGAUUCCAACACGAAGGUCCUAGUUUCACUUCAUCGAAAUCAUCAUCUCACAAUUUUGAGUCUCCAACAUCGGCAUCCACUGGUAUGAGUUCAUUUGAUCUAAACAUGAAUAAUGAGGAAAUGAAUACUUAUCCAACAGAAAGACCAUGUGGUGUAAAAAAAGCAAAGGAAAAACAAUUAGGUAAUGAUCAAUUCAACAAACUAAUGGAACAAAAUAAAGAACUCAUUAAAGUUAUUGAAAAGAGUAACAAGGAUAGAAAUGAACGUCACAGAAGAAAGGCUGGCGAAAAAAUUUUAUUCACGGAUUUGAAUUCUAUAUCCGAUCCAGAGUUUCAUAAGUACAUUCAAAGUGAAAUAAGACGAAUUUACAAAGAAAGGGCACAAACAUCCGAAGUUGGAGAACAAGGAGAAGGAUCUCAAUAUGAGGGAUCUCAAUAUCAGGGAUAUCCAAAUCAGGGAUCACAAUAUGAGGGGUCACAAUAUCGAGCAUCUCAAGAUUCGGGACAUGGCGUUGAAGAUGAAGAUCAACGAUCUCAAGAUCAAGGUGAAAGAGCUGAAAAUGACUCACAAGUUUAUAGUCCGUAUUAUGACUAUCUUGGCGGAUCAAGAAAUAAUCUUCCACAUUAUUAAAUUGUUGUAUCUCAUUUUGUCUUUGAAGGUUCGUAUCUGUGUUAUUACUUUUC